AUGUUGUGUGAUAAUGGUGUUUGCUAUUCUGUUGUUGGUUAUAAGUGUGGCUUCGUCGGCCCCCGCCUCAACCUCCACAACCGCGUUCAAUCCCUCAUCCGCGCCGGCGAUCUCCACCACGCCUCCGUCGUCGCCCGCCAGUCCGUGUUCUCCAACACUCGCCCCACCGUCUUCACCUGCAACGCCAUCAUGGCCGCCAUGUACCGCUCCAAGCGCUACGACGACGCCGUCGCUCUCUUCCAAUUCUUCUACAAUCAAGCCAAUAUCGUCCCCAAUGUUGUCUCCUACAAUGUAUUGAUCAACACACAUUGCGAUUCCGGUCGCGUCGAUGUCGCUCUCGAUGUUUAUCGUCACAUUCUCGCUAAUGCCCCUUUUAGCCCUUCUCAUGUAACCUAUCGUCAUCUCACAAAAGGGUUAAUCGAUGCCGGUCGUAUUGGUGAAGCUGUCGAUCUCCUCCGCGAAAUGCUCAAUAAGGGCCACGGCGCUGACUCGAUCGUUUACAAUAAUUUGAUUUUGGGUUUUCUCAACCUCGACAAUUUGGAUAAGGCUAAUGAGCUUUUCGAUGAGCUCAAAGAACGGUGCUUGGUUUAUGAUGGGGUUGUCAAUGCGACUUUUAUGGAUUGGUUUUUCAAUCGAGGAAGGGAUAAGGAAGCGAUGGAAUCGUAUAAAUCGUUGCUUGAUCGGCAAUUCAAGAUGAUUCCAGCAACUUGCAAUGUGCUCUUGGAAGUGUUGCUUAAGCAUGGGAAGAAAACGGAGGCUUGGGCGUUGUUCGAUAACAUGUUGGAUACUCACACUCCGCCUACUUUCCAAGGGGUAAAUUCGGAUACUUUCAAUAUAAUGGUUAAUGAGUGUUUCAAGUUGGGGAAAAUUUCUGAGGCAUUUGAUGUGUUCAAGAAAGUGGGUAAGAAAGCCGGGUCAAAGCCUUUCGCCAUGGAUGUGGCGGGUUACAAUAACAUUAUCACGAGGUACUGCGAGCAUGAGAUGAUGGAGGAUGCAGAGAAAAUGCAUGUGGAAUUGUCAUCAAAGUCGCUAUCCCCGGAUGUUAAUACUUACAAGACCUUAAUUGAUGCUUUUUUUAAGGUGGGUAGGGUUGAUGAUGCAUUGCAGAAGUAUUCCAAGAUGGUAGAGGCUGGCUUAAGAGUGAUUCCAGAAUAUGCCAACAGAUGGUUUGGCGCAUUGAUUGAGAAAGGUAAAGUCUUGGAGUGUGCGCCGAUUCUGACAAAAAUGGGCGAAAGAGAUCCAAAACCCGAUGCCAUGAGCUAUGAUAUUGUGAUUAGGGGGCUUGGCAAGGAAAGUAAUUUCGACAUGAGUGUUGAAUUGCUGGGUCAGAUGUUGAGGUAUAAUGUUGGUGUUACUCCUGUACUGAAGGAGUUUUUAAAUGAAGAAUUUGGGAAAGUAGGCCGAGGUGAGGAGAUUGAGAGACUUUUAGCAAUGAGGGGGCAGGGUUAUUAUCGACCAUCAGGGCCAUCAGGACCCCCUCGAAUGCCAGGACCUGUAGGAGCAUGAUUUGAGGUACAAUAUCACAAUUUGAAGUGCCUAUUCUUAUGUCUGUGAUCUUUGAUUUGGGCGAGAUAAACUCUAAAUUAUUCAUAUAUACUGAGUGUCUCAUUGUGCCACAAGCAUGAGGCGUUUAGUUGCACUUAAGCUGUGAUAUUGAGGUAGUUUUUUUUGGCAGGGAGUCAAUUAAUGUUAUUGAAGUCUGGUUGUGGCCACUGAGUCUCUUGCUUAUGUUUUUCACCUGUCUAAUCUUGUGAUUAAAUUAUUGUUGUUGGGACCUCUCCAUAUUUAUUGAAGAUGUUUUAAUUGAUAAAUUAUUAUUAGGACCAUAUUGCUUUUGGUUGUA